UAUGGAGUCUGACUUGGGGACGUUCACCCCGAUGGCUCUGCAGUUUACUGGCAGUGACGCGGCACGAAAGGUGAUGGAGGAAGUGGUCAACCUUUUGGCCCCCAUCAAUACAACCAAACUGGAGGCUGGCGCUGAGGGCACGGAUAUUUCACUGUGGAUGCAAGCAGGAGUCCCAGGUGCCAGCCUCCAUGUGGCCGACAGUCGUUACUUUUGGUUCCACCACAGCGAGGGCGACACCAUGACCGUCCAGGAUCCUCACGACAUGAACCUCUGCUCGGCCCUGUGGGCUGUGGUUGCUUACGUCGUGGCCGACCUGCAGGACAUGCUGCCGAGAUAGCACUACUCAAACUGAUCAAAAUCUGUACCCGUCCCACGUUUUACUGGACGAGUUUCAGUUUCUGCUCAAAGCAACAUGAACUGAGGGUUGGAAUGAAUGAGAGGACAUAAAACCGGACGCACAAUGAGGGGGAAUGAAAAGGUUUAUAGAAAGCCCAGUCUACUUGAAACAAUGCUUAAAUGUUCAAACUAUCAAGAUUAAAAAAA